AUGUUUAAUGAACUUUUAACUCGAGUUCGUCCGUUUUUGGAGAAAAGUGGUCCACGGCGUCCACACUCUGUAGAACUAAAGUUGGCUUUAACUUUAUCGUUUCUUGCACAUGGUGACAGCGUAAAUUCCAAAGCGUGGGAAUUUCGUAUUGGACGCUCUACUGUAUAUACCACUAUUCACGAAGUCUGUCGUGCAUUGUGGCAUACACUUCAACUAAUAGUUCUUCCCGAACCUAAUGAACGGAAAUGGUCUGAAAUUGCUGAAAGUUUCUUCGAGAAAUGGCAGUUUCCGAAUUGUGUGGGAGCUCUCGAUGGGAAACACAUUAGAAUUCAAGCUCCAACCCAUUCAGGAAGUCAAUUUUUUAAUUACAAGAAGUACUUUAGCAUCGUUUUCUUAGCAAUAUGUGAUGCAAAUCAUAAAUUUGUGUGGGUGGACAUUGGGCAAUAUGGGGGUAUCAGCGAUAGCGGUGUAUGGAGUAACACUGAAUUAACAGCCAGAGUUCGAGAAAAAACUGCUGAAAUUCCAGGUCCUCAGCAUCUCCCAGGGACAGCAAUUAAAACCAAUCAUGUGUUUUUAGGCGAUGAAAUAUUCCCUCUUGAUCUGCAUUUAUUAAAAUCUUAUAAUAAAAAAGAAUUAACUGAUAAUCGACGGAUUUUUAACUAUAGAUUGUCAAAAGCACGCCUAAGUAUUGAAAAUACAUUUGGUAUUCUUUGUGCACGCUGGCAAAUUCUCAAUAAACCUAUAAAAUUCUCUUUAACUAAUUUGGAGGAAGUAACAAAAGCUUUAAUUUGUUUACAUAAUUAUAUUAUGAUGAUGGAGGAAAGAUUUGAAAUACCUCAGCGACGCUAUUGUUCACAAAAUUUUGUCGAUCGUGAAAAUGCAGAUCAUGAGAUAAUGGAAGGAGUAUGGCAUGGUAUAACAGAAAAAGGAACAUUAUUCGAGAAUAUCCAAAAAAUGGGAGGCAAUUCAGGCUCGAAUCCUGCUAAAGCACAAAGAGACGUCUUGUGCGAAUAUUUUGUAACAGAUGUUGGAUGCAAACAAACCCCCUGGCAAUACGAAUACGUUUUUAGAAGUGCCAACAUUAAUACGUAG